UCAGUCAAGCAGAAGAAGAGGAGGUAGUGGGCAGGCUGCUGCUGGUGACAGCCGCCAGGCGAAGUGAACCGCUCCCCCCUUCACAUCGAACUGAUAAGGAGAAGACAUUACGGGACGCUUCCAUGGGCAUACAGCCCCGUGCUCACCGAGAGCACGGUUUUAAACGUUUAGCUGGCCCGGGUGCCAAUCGUGCAUUCACUUAGGCUUCGAGUUUUCCAAGUAACGUACGUUACGUUAGCUUCAGCGUUUUUAAACGAUACAAUCGCGUCGCCUGUCAAGAUAGUAUUAACAAGACUCGGAGAAAGAUGGGCGACAUAAAGCCGUCGACAUCUCCCGCUUUCCAGUCUGAGGGCUUCAGUCAACCCUACAGGAAGAGGAAAAGGACAGUGGAAGAUUUUAACCAGUUUUGUACGUUUGUUUUGGCCUAUGCUGGUUACAUCCCAUAUCCCCAAGAGAACUCUUCACUGCGAAGUACUUCCAGCCCUCCCAACAGCACCGGAAGCACAGUUGAUAGCGACGGAUGGACCCCGGGGCCAUCGCCGUCUUGUCCCCAACACCCCUUCAUGGUCCCCCUGGACAGGAACAGAAACCAUCCACAGCUCGGGGCCACAUUGUCCAGUCACAUCAAGAAAGAUCACACGUUCACCAGCCUGCAUCCGGAGGAUCGCAGGAAAGCCGAGAAACUGAAGAAGAAAAAAAGGAGAAAGGAGAGGGAGCUUCAGGCCACUGAGGAACAUGGCCAAGCUAAGUCGCCCGACCCGGGACGACCGCCUCCGUUCCCCUUUGGCGACUUGCCCAUAAAAGAGGAGCCGGAAGACGACAUCAGCAUUCUGCUCCAUCCUCAGCACGUCACCAACCCGUCCCAGUGCAAAGAGGAGCAACAGCAAGAACGGAGCCAGUGGGACGGACGGGAUCUGGAAGAAGGCGUGGUCAAAGUACAGAAAGUGGAGGGCAUUUCUGGAAGCAGAACGGUGUUCCGUCAGGGCAAGCAGGUGGUGUUCCGAGACGAAGAUGGGUCGGGAGAGGAUGAAGAUAUCAUGGUGGAUUCAGACGACGACUCAUGGGACCUGGUGACGUGUUUCUGCAUGAAGCCAUUCGCCGGCCGCGCCAUGAUCGAGUGCAACAAAUGCCACACCUGGAUCCACCUGUCGUGCGCCAAGAUCCGCAAGAGCCACGUGCCCGAAACGUACGUGUGCCAGAGCUGCCGAGAAAACGACGGACCUGCCGCCGGAGCCGACGCCCGUCGCUCCCACCGCCCUCGCAUCGGUCCACGUAAACACCUGCUAGAAUGACCUCCGAAACGCCACUUGUGAUCCCUCUGAGGAUUUUCCAAGAACACUUGCGGAACUUGAGCAAGUCUCUAUACCCCAUCCGGAGCCUUUUUUUCGCUCUACAGAUGUGUACUUGUGCUUCCCUACAGACUCUCUGCGUAAUGCAAUCACUGAAAGGAUACUCGAAACAGUGAGGAGUAUCUGGCUUUUGGGUGAAAUUUCAGGAUCUCCCGAAAAUGCACGCGAACCGCGACAGGUGACCUUUAUUUGACCUUCUGUGUAGUUUUGAUCGCCAUCGUGCCAUCACAGAAUGUUGCCCUUGCGAUCCUUGUUGAAGAACAGCAAGUGAUGCAAAAAGUACUCGACCAUGUCAACAGUUGGACAAGCAUUCCAAAGGUUAAGACGUGAGACAAAAGUUCACCUGACCAUGUUACGGUCCAUUCUAGGCUUACUUCAAAAUUUCACCCAAAAGCUGAACAUGUAGAAUACGUGUCCGUAGAUGAAGAGAGCAUAGCAGCCGAUGGCUACAGUUGGGGACUGUUGUGUCUUGCGAACACUGGAAAGCUGCCAUGUCGAGGCCCUCCAACAAACUGCCACCCUCUCUGGUGCAUGUAGGGAUGUGUCGGAAAGACUUGUUUGCACUUUUUCUCACUUUAAAACAGACCCUUUGACCCUUUUGGCAAACAAAUAUGGUCAGAUGUAACUGGACUUGAUUUCUUUCUCCCCCUAAGUGGCCUCUUGUUGGUAUGAAGUGGUCGUUUUCAAGGAGAAAACAAGUAAAGCCUUGCGGUAAUUGUUUCAGAUGGUGCUAUAGUAUUAAGCUGAUAAUCCAAUAGAACAAAGAUCUAGACUCCAUCUGCUUCAUCCGUGCUUUUUGUUAUUUAAGUCCACUGUGGACAAAUAGAAGCCCAGAGAGGUGGUUCCUCUCGCUUUCUCCUCUUCUCAAGCCGUCUUCCAAUGCCGGAUGCUGCACGUAUCGACGAAAAGGGAGAUGGUUCCCUUCUUUCAUUUCUAUCGGUCAAGCAUUGUCAUCGUUCAUCAGUAUUUUCACCUUCACUAUCAGUUCAGCUGGUUCAUUCUUUAAGCUUCCUUUGUCACAUAUAUUUAUGGAAAGGACUGAAGGCCGUUCCGUUCAAAGCUCCAGCAGCAAGUGUGAUGGUUAGUUGACUGGAAUAGUGUUGACAUUCUCUCAAGAGUUGAUGCGUUUGAGGGAGGAGAGGACGUGGGGAGGGCAAUGCCAUGUGCUGCUAUGAAAAUAGCUGGUUUCUGGUCUUUUACCGUAAGAUGGGCAUCUGCAAUUGUAAUCAGCUUUGGUGUCCCAUCACUUCCCAGUUUUAACAGCAGUAUUCACAUACCUUCACCCUCAGCAUGUUUACUGGGAAAACGUUUUUUUAGGGUUCUUUUUUUUGGCCCCACUUUUUCCCUUGAAACUUGCUGCCAUUUGGAUGAAGUGUUGUGAACGUUCGUGCCAUGGACCUGUUUUUUCAUCAGUUAAAGAAAAGCCAUACUCCAGUGUCGAGUGACAUGAAAGACAAGACUGGGAGACGCAGUUUUUAUUCUAAGGACGGGGUUUCACAGCACACAGUCACAGACUUUGACCAGAGAACGUGUGUGUCUGGUUGGCAAACGAGUGUCUUCUGUUGCUGUGCUGCCAAUAAUCAGCCCGGUUGGGAUGUUUUCGAAAUGACAAGCACUGUUAUUUCAUUGAGAGCCCUCUUUUUUAAAAGAUCAGUUAGAUGUAAAAGUACAAUUAACAAUGGUCUACGUGUGACAGAAGUUGGUUUAUUCUGAUGGGUUGAGUUGUCCACUCCCCUUAUUGAGAAUGUGUCAUGUAUACUGUGUGGUGAAAACUGUUUCUAUGAAACUAAUGUAAAGUAUUGUAAAUAAAGAGUUACCAUUUUA